GUUUUUUCUAUCUUUUCAUCUUGAAUUAUAUUAUCAACCAUGGCUGAUGAAAACCCAGCUGUUCAAAUUGAAGAAAAUCAAGAACAUCAUGAAGAAGGAGACGUUACUGAAGAUGCUGAAGCGCUCGAGGCAAUGAAACAACGGGUUAAGGAAAUGGAAGAAGAAGCGGCUAAACUCCGUGAAAUGCAAGCUCAAGUUGAAAAAGAAAUGAAUCUUACUUCAGAAGAAGAUAAGGAGGCAAUCGACGCACGAUCGAUUUAUGUUGGAAAUGUUGAUUACGCUGCUACCCCUGAAGAUUUACAGAAUCAUUUUCAGUCUUGUGGUACAAUAAACCGUGUUACUAUUCUUUGUGAUAAAUGGAGUGGGCAUCCUAAAGGAUAUGCUUAUGUGGAAUUCGCAGAUCCUUCUUUAGUGGCUAACGCGAUGUCGUUAGACAAUUCAGUACUGCGUGGACGAGCGAUCAAGGUUACAGCAAAGCGCACAAAUAUUCCAGGUUAUACUAGAGGUAGAGGUGGAAGAGGUGCCCGUGCUGCUUGGCGCGGUGGAUAUUAUGGACAUGGUAGUGCUUAUUAUAGUCCAACAUUCAGAGGUCGCGCAAGAGGACGACGUGCCACUUUCGCUCCUUACUAGAUUGAUUUUAAGUAAAUAAUUAGUUUUGAUUAGAAUAGUUUAAAAAUCGGUUGAUUGGAAAUUUUAUUUGGUUGUUAAAGCUUUUAUAAUCCUUUAUCAAAAAAAAAGCUUUCUAUCUUCAUUUUAAAAUCAAUACAUUAAUAGCUACAUAUGAAUCCUUAUGCCUAAUAUUACAAUUUUACUUCUUUUUCCUUUUCAUUUUUGAAUUUACUUUAUAAUAUCAUUUUAAAUGAGAAUUUUAAAUGUAAAAAGAAUUUAUUAAUAUAAAUACAAAUUAACCAUGUUAAUAAUGC